AUGGGAAACGCGUUAUCGGAAGAAGAAGAAAAUGAACUUCUUGAAGAAGCUUAUAGUAUGUCAUUGGAAUCCCCAGAAGCGGAUGGUUUUUUCAACUCUGGGACUGCGGCACCCAACUGUCAGCCCAAACACACCAGUGAAGCACUCAAAAGGGACGACAAAGGAAUAGGCGGAGAGGAUGGAAGGCAGAUGAAUCACCGUGGCUCUUCCGUUUCGGAAGGCGAGGACGAUCGGCGGAGGCGUCAAAGCUCAAAUCAGAAUAUGAAUGUCAAGGAAGAUCAGCGAAAAUUAAGCUAUUUCCAGAUGGCCCGCAUGGGCUAUCAAGAACUUGUCAAUGCAAUUAUUCGUCCACCAAGAGCCGAUUACAAGAUGGAAGCCUUGGGUCCUCCAGCUUUUACAUUCUGUGGAAAAAGGUUCACAAGAACUGAUUUCACGUUGAGAACGAAGCGGGGUUAUAAUUUGGAGUGUUCGCACUGGGAGCCCGUCGAACGGGUUGUGGAUAGAAUCCCAGUUGUUAUCUAUAUGCAUGGAAAUUCUUCAGCACGGGUUGAAGUGCUUCCGCAGUUGUCCUAUUUACUCUCUCUGGGAGUAGCUGUCUUCUCGUUUGACUUCGCUGGAUCGGGAAAAUCUGAUGGUGAAUAUGUCAGUUUGGGGUACUACGAAAGAGAAGAUCUUGCUUGUGUAAUUGCGCAUUUGAGAGCCACAAAUGUUGUCUCUACGAUUGCGCUUUGGGGGCGAUCUAUGGGCGCUGCAACGUCGCUCAUGUUUGGAGAUCGAGACCCCAGCAUUGCUUGCAUGAUCUUGGACUCUCCGUUUGCUGACUUGUCACAGCUUGCUGAAGAACUUGUUGAAAAAGGUAGAGAGCAAGGAAUUGUUGUUCCGAGCUUGGUUGUUAGUGUUGCGCUUCGAAUGAUUCAGAAUUCUGUGAAGAAACAGGCUAAUGUCAAUAUGAAGCAAAUAUCCCCUAUUGCACAUGCCGACAAAUGCUUCAUUCCAGCAUUAUUUGUUGCCGGAGAGCAUGAUGACUUUAUCAAGAAGCACCAUGCUGAAGAAAUCUACGAGAAAUACGCUGGUGACAAAAAUCUUAUCGUUGUUGAAGGUGACCACAACUCACCAAGACCCAAAUUUAUGUUCGAUUCCGCAGCAAUUUUUCUCCAAACAUGUUUGCAGAUCCCUAGCAAUUGGGCACUGCCGGUCCCCCCCUCUAUGAACCUCAUGUGUCCACCUUGGUACUUUGAAAUGUACCACAACCGAUCGAUGAAGCAAUCACAACGAAGUCGGGUGCCAAAACAGUCUUCCAGUCGUGCUAUGAACGGAUCGGACAAGGAUAAGAAUGGAUUUGACAAUGAAAACGUUGGAAUGACUCAAGAACGGCAGAGAGAAAUACAGGCUUCUCUCUUCAAAAUGUUAGGUCAGCAAGAUGAGGAAGAUGCUGACAUGAACCCAAACCAGUCCAGCAAGAGAAAGGUUGCUCACGAAACCGCUCAUGCAUAG